AUGGCGGCUGUCAAUCGGAACAUGUUCGAUGCCAGCAUCGCGGCUGAUCAGCCUGGCGGUGCCUCACUGAUGCUGCUGCCGCUCCACCUGAUCGCCCAGAUCGUGUUAAAUGUCGAGGAUACCGGGGACAUCGCGCGACUAUGCCGAACAUGUCGCGUCCUCAACUACAUGGCGCUGCCCCAGCUCUACCGCAGCUUGACCCUCACCUCGUACGAUAAAAUCCGCUAUCGCGGCGAGCAGCCCGAAGGCAGCGGAAGCGCCAGUCCGUUUACGAUGGGCCUCAACGCAGUGAUUACGAGGCCAUACGCGACACUGGUGCGGUCAAUCACAUUGCGCGGCGACUGGAAGGAGACCGACAUCGAGGAGCAUGCGCAAGUCGGACGGGUGCCGGACUCGUCCAUGCUGUUGAACAUUGCGGCGCGCGCAGCCGUGGAUCGCAUGACAAACCUCGAAAGCUUCAGCUGGGAGCUCAACACCAAGAUGCUCGAAACAGUAUAUACUGGAUUAACGCAGCUGCCCCGACUAAGCUCGUUGACGAUUCGAUUCCCCUCCACCCGCCACCCCCAACCGACGUUUAUUCUCCCAGGCAUGCCAAACCUCCGCUCCUUGAAGAUCACCCACAUCGAUCCUCUCUGCUACCCCGAUGACAUUGCGACAAUCCUCUUGAAGAGCAAAAAGCUGCGCGAGCUCAAGCUGCAUUGGUCGCCCCGCAUGCGAAUUGCGCAAGAGCCCAGCAUAUCCCUGCACGAUUAUUUCAGGAAAUGCAUCGCGGCGAAACAGCCCCUCUCUGUCAAAAAGCUCUCCUUCCAGAAUUUGUACGCCUUCCACAGCAAAGAGUUCGAUAUUUCAUUCGACCCGACCACCGUUGAGGACGUGACCUUUCUGAGCGGGACCGAUACUAUCGGUUUGAUGAACAGUUUUGUCGACAACAGCUGGCCCACUGCUGUUCCACAUAUCAAACUCAAAAUUAAGUCUAUGAGGAUGGAUGCGAUAUCAAAACGGAACUCGGAGUUUCUAGGAAAUUUCAAGGGCCUGGAGCGGCUAUACUUCGUGAAUGUGUCUGCCGAUUCACCCGACUACUUCAACUCCCCGCGACCGGGCGUGGGCCCUGCCUCUUCUGCAUUUACACCCCCUGUAUCAGAUUACCCAGCGGCCAAUGGGACGACAGCGAACUCACCAACUGCUAUGGCCUCCCCAACCAGCCAGCUGAAUGCUGCCCUGAGCAUGCGAGAUAGUUAUCUUGCGAACAUUACCACCAACCACGGCGCAAGCUUGCGCCAUCUGCUCCUCUGCUCAAAGUGGCCCCUCUCCACAUCCAUGAUUGCCCGCCUCGUCCAUAGCUGCCCCAACUUGGAGCAAUUAGCUCUCGCGACCGAAUUCUCCAGCAUGGAAACUCUCGGAAUGCUGGUCCCGUUCCUCCGCAAAUUGGUCGCACUCCGACUCCUCAUCCCUGCGGGCUCUCCCGGACCGCAGAGCGGCACAACCACCAAUGCUCCGCCCUCAGCAUCGAGCACUCACCCUGGAGACGCACAAUGCAACGCGUUGAUCCCCCCUUCGGCGUCGAACCCAAGCCUAGCUGCAAAAACGAAUAGGUACCACUUUCCCAAGGAAAUAGAGAACACGAUCCUUAAUGCACGCAGCCUCUCAGACAUAGUGGAUAUGGAUGACGAAUACCUUAUCCAGAUGAUGAGCUAUGAUCUGGCCGACCACCAGAUCUUUGGAAAUGUCAAGAUCGUGGGCAUGGGCUGGAAAGCUUUUGAGCUGCGAGGCCUCUUCAAAGAUCGCAUCCCCACCCGAUCGGAUUCCGAGACCCAAUCACCUGCUUCUGCCGUUGACCCCUCAGCAGGAGGUGGACACGAGCACCUCAGACCUACCAUGGGACUCAAUGGCCAUACCCAAACGGGCUCACAUUCACCAACCCGGCCUGCUGCCACCCCGUCCAAAUCCCCUGCCGCAUCUUCUACCGCCCCCACCGCCAACAUUCCCCCUUUCCACACUUGGAAAGCGCACAAGGGAUGA